CAUUUAAAAGACAACAUAAGGACGGUCUACUCAUAGCCACAAAUCCAGAGGCUACGCACUUAGCGAUGGACGUUUGGAUGAUAAGCGCUCUGCCCUUCAUCAUUCUACUUGUUUGAUAUUGGAAAGGAGAACACGAGCGAGUCCUUUCUAUUGAUAUAUAAUCUAUUAUAAUUGGUUUACGUCUUGGAGGUUAUUUUAGACUACAGUACAUCAUUUCCAAAGCCUGUCCUCGCAUAGUGCAAAGAUGCUACUUCCACUUACAUUCAUUCUGUUUUUCAAUUUAAGUUGGGGUCUUCCAAUUGACACGGUCAUUCUGUUCCAGCGGUCGGGAGUGGUCGGCGAGAUGGAGACCGUGGAGCAGGUCUUGGUCAACGGGGCACCUCCCUCCAGCGGCGGGAAAUACGUCAGUGGCAUUCUCCGUGCUGUAUUGAUGGGCAACUACGAGUCUUUUCAGCAGGCGUUCGAGAUCGAAGAAAAUGUCACCAACACCAUGACAAAAAAUCCUACUUACCAGUACCUGCGUGUGCGUGAAUGCAAACUGAAUGGAUUUCGAGUGGUGCAUUCGACCGACCAGCUCCUUGUCAACGGGAAUGACUUCCUGACUUUGGACCAAUCCACAGACACCUGGACAGCUGAGGUACCACAGGCCCUCUCACUCAAACAGCUUUGGGACUGGGACACUGAGUUCACGAGGAGGGAGAAGAUGCAACUCCAUGAGAUCUGUACCGAACUGAUGAAGGAGCUCAGACAAUCCGAGCCCACCACCAAUAGAGGAACGUCCCUGCUGACUGUCCUGGCUCCACUGUUUGCAUGCCUGACCUUUGUUGUCAUGGUUAUUGCAAGCUUCCUCAUCUCUAAACAACAAGAUCCCAGAGUUUCCAGACACUCUGGAGGUGUACUUGGCUCCAUUGUCCACUACUAUCAGAAUGUCACAGAAACACAAUCAGGAAAAGACUACCAGGCCCUCUAAAACUCAACCCACCUCCGCUCAUCCACCUCGUUGACUGCUCUGUGAAGGGAGUAGUACACAGCGUUGUACGAGAUCUUCAGUUUCUUGGCAAUUUCUCACAUGGAAUAGCCUUCAUUUCUCAGAACAAGAAUAAAGUGAAAAGUUUCAGAAGAAAGGUCUUUGUUUCUGGCCAUUUUGAGCCUGUAAUUGAAUUUAAAAUGCUGACGCUCCAGAUACUCAAUCAGUCUAAAGAAGGCCAGUUCUAUUGCAUCUUUAAUAAGCACAACCGUUUUCAGCUGUGCUAACAUAAUUGCAAAAGGGUUUUCUAAUGAUAAAUUAGCCUUUUAAAAUGAUGAACUUUGAUUAGCUAACACAACGUGCCACUGGAACACAGGAGUGAUGGUUGCUGAUAAUGGUCCUCUGCGCCUAUGCAGAUAUUCCAUUAAAGAAUAAUCAAUUUCCAGCUCCAAUAGUAAUUUACGACAUUAAGAAUGUCUACACUGCAUUUCUGAUCAAUUUGAUGUUAUUUUAAGGGACAAAAGAAAAAGCAAAUUUAUAAAAACCAAGGAUAUUUCUUAAGUGGCCCCAAACUUUUGUACCCUUGUCCGUCCAACUCUCUGGUCCCCCUUUCUCCCUGGGCCUUCUUCCAACAGUCCCCAUUCCUAUAGACCCAGGAGGAUUGUAGCCCACCAAAUAUUUAUAAUAUGAAAGGAACUGUGACAUUCCAAUUUGUAUAACUUACUGUUGUGUGUGUGACUUGAACUCUUGAAGUAGUUCCUAGUUAACCACAAGAAAAUAAUAUGACAGUUUUAUGCACUUUAUAAUUGUGUAUUUCCUCACCUUUGUAUUUCCUCACUUAUCUACCGGUGCCUAUGCCUUUCAGGCUUUGCUUUUCAGCCUAUGUCAAAACAGACAGAGUAACAUUCUGUGUGUUCACGCUCGAUAGCUCAAAACUACUGUAACUGGGUCUCCCGGGUGGCGCAGUGGUUAAGGGCGCUGUACUGCAGCGCCAGCUGUGCCACCAGAGACUUUGGGUUCGCGCCCAGGCUCUGUCGUAACUGGGGUGACGCACAAUUGGCCUAGCGUCGUCUGGGUUAGGGAGGGUUUGGCCGGUAGGGAAAUCCUUGUCUCAUAGCCCACCAGCGUCUCCUGUGGCGGGCUAGCCAGGUGCACAGUGUUUCCUCCGACACAUUGGUGCGGCUGGCUUCCGGGUUGGAUGGCGCUGUGUUAAGAAGCAGUGCGGCUUGGUUGGGUUGUGUAUCGGAGGACGCAUUACUUUCAACCUUCGUUGAGCCCGUACGGGAGUUGUAGCGAUGAGACAAGAUAGUACCUAUUAAACAAUUGGAUACCAGGAAUUUGGGGAGAAAAAGGGGUAAAAUUCAAAAAACACAGAGCUGUCGGUUGCAUUUAGUCAACAGCUAUUUACCUUGUUAAAAAAAAAAACGAUGUGAAAAGUUUUCAAUUUGGUCCAUCUGUUUUGAAUAAAUGUUAUUUUGAUCCAGUUACACAUUCUGGGUGCAAUACGGUAAAAUAAAUGUGUACAGUGACGAAAUGUGUUCACUUUGUGCACUUUUGUGUAUAUAAAGCUACUGUAUUAUGAUUUGAGGGGACAGAAUUGUAUGAAUGAUUUUUAUCACUUGUUUAUUUAUCACUUUACUUUGUAUGUUUGUCACUUUAUUAAAGCUAUUUAAAUGCAA